UGCAAAAUGCUUGCUUCUUGUAUCUUUUUUGUUUUCUUUUCAUAUUUAACAAUAUAGAUUUUUUAUUUAAAAAAAAAAAAAAAACCAAAUAGAUUUAUUAAGAGAGCAGGUAAAAGGUACAAAUGUGAAGUACUAGGUUUCUGUAACAGGUCAGGCCCUAGCUCCAAACCUAACCCUUGCUUUAGGUCUCGGAAACUAAAAGCAAGUGUGAAACAGAGACAAAACACCGUUUCCUAGUAUUUUCAUCCCUCAUUUUUUCACUUCUAGUGUCGUCUGUGGGGGCCAUCAUCCUUUGAGCACUACCUUUGAAAAAGCUCCUUUCGAUCGGGGCGUUACAUGGAAGAACCUUCAACGAAGCACCAAAAAAACCUCUUUAUAAAGCAUGGAGAGGACUUGGAAAACUUAAAGCUUUCAACUGAACUACUCACUCUUAGUGAAAGCUUGUUGUUGUUGCUGAGUCUUCCUCUUCAUUUCACUUUUCUUUCACUUGUCUCAAGCAUAUAUCCUCACAAACGUUUGUUUCUCACUGCUUCUCUUAGGAAAAAAUGAGUCUAUAUGAUGAGGAUGUUGCUUCAGGGAGCAAUGGAGUACUAACAGUAGCCAACGGAACGGCCAUCUAUGAUGAUCCUCGAUCACUGGGAUCACUGUCUCUCACGAGGCAAGAUUCGUUCAUUGUGCAAGAAGUAGAAGAAGAAGUAACAGUCCAAGCUCCCAUUAUUUCGCAAUACAAUCACCAAAUUCGACCUUUGCUUGAUGCCAUUGACAGGCUCAGGCUACUAAACGUCAUGAAAGAAGGCAUACAACUCCCCACAAUUGUUGUAGUUGGGGAUCAGUCAUCAGGGAAGUCUAGUGUUCUUGAAUCACUUGCUGGUAUUAGUCUUCCUCGAAGUCAGGGUAUUUGUACCAGAGUACCCCUCAUAAUGAGGCUGCAAAGUCAUCGAAGUCCAACGCCAGAGCUUCACUUGGAAUACAGUGGCAAGCAAGUUCCUGUAGAGGAAUCCCACAUCGCAGCAGCCAUAAAUCUUGCAACUGAUGAGAUUGCAGGCAAUGGUAAGGGCAUAUCCAACACCCCACUUACUUUAGUGGUGAAAAAGGCUGGGGUUCCCGAUCUUACCAUGGUUGAUCUGCCUGGAAUAACUAGAGUGCCUGUUCACGGACAGCCUGAAAAUAUCUAUGAGCAGAUCAGAGAUAUUAUCAUGGAGUACAUUACACCCGAGGAAAGCAUUAUCCUCAAUGUUUUGUCUGCAACUGUGGAUUUUUCCACCUGUGAAUCCAUUAGAAUGUCACAGAUAGUGGACAAGAACGGUGAGAGAACUCUUGCUGUGGUUACCAAGGCUGAUAGGGCCCCUGAGGAGCUUCUUGAGAAGGUGAGUGCUGAUGAUGUUAAUAUAGGACUUGGUUAUGUUUGUGUUAGGAAUCGUAUUGGUGAUGAAUCAUAUGAAGAAGCAAGGAGGGAAGAGGCUAGAUUGUUCCAGACUGAUCCACAUCUGUCUAGGAUUGAUAAAUCAAUUGUAGGUGUUCCAGUGUUGGCCCAAAAACUUGUUGAAAUUCAGGAAAGAAUUAUUGCAAGGUGCUUACCUGUGAUGGUGAAAACCAUUACUGACAAGCUGAAUGCAAAUGUUUCAGAGCUGGAAAAAAUGCCCAAGGUUUUGACCUCUGUUGCAGAUGCCCUGACAGCUUUUAUGAGGAUCAUUGGAGCAGCCAAAGAAUCCCUCAGGAAACUUCUUUUGAGAGGGGAAUUUGAUGAAUACCCUGAUGAUCGUACCAAGCAUGGUACUGCUCGUUUGGUUGAAAUGCUUAACGAGUUCUCUAUUGAGCUUCACAACUCUGAGGAAACUGAACCGACAAAAGACUUUUUAGUAGAGGAGAUCAAGGUUUUGGAAGAUGCUAAAGGAAUUGGACUACCAAAUUUCCUUCCUCGCAAUGCAUUCCUUCGUAUCCUGCAGAGAAAAGUUGAUCACAUUUCCAUUAUGCCCAUUGAAUUUGCUGAAAAGAUUUGGAGCUACAUAGAUAAAGUGGUGACCUCUGUUUUGACGCGCCACUCUGAAAUAUAUUACCAGCUUAAAGGAUCUACAAAGAGAGCAGCUCAUAAUCUCGUUGAAAAGAUGAGAGAGCAGUCCAUCAACAGGGUUAAGGAGAUCGUGCAGAUGGAGAAGCUAACGGAUUAUACUUGUAAUCCUGAUUACAUGUUGGAGUGGACUAAGCUCAUGACUCAACAAGAAAAUUUCAUCAGGAAUGUAAAUUCUAUUCUAAACCAGUCGUACGGGACUCCUAGGGUGAGUCUUGAAGGUUUUGGGGAUAUUGAAGUUGAGCAUCUCAGGCAGCAUCCCAAUGUUGUGCAGCAAGCUUUCGACCUGAAGAUGAGAAUGACUGCAUACUGGAAGAUUGUUCUGAAAAGGUUGGUUGAUUCCAUGGCAUUGCAUUUGCAGUAUUCUGUUCAUAAUCUUGUGAAUAAUGACAUUGAGGAGAUUGUGAAUGAGAUGAUGGAGCCAGAUGGACGUGGAAUUGAAAUGAUGUUGGUGGAAUCUCCUGCAAUUUCUGGAAAGCGAGAGAAGCUGAAAAGGAGCAUCAAACUGUUGAAGGAGUCCAAAGAUGUGGUGGCCAAGAUCAUGGACAGGAUUGCUGGUUAUGAUGAUUAGGUGCUUAGUAUCUUAAGGUUUGCUUUCUUUUGUGUUUAAUGUGUAAUGAACUUAUCUAAGUGAAGUUAUAAUAUUUAGUAUCUUAAGGUUUGCUUUAUUUUGUGUUUAAUGUGUGAUGAAUUUAUUUAAGUGAAGUUUAUAAUAUUACCAUGCAUUAUUGCUUUCAAUUUAUCAAGGAUGUUUUUUUUCUGGGAAUUCUUACACAACUAAAAAGCAGAUAAACUGCAAGAAUUUCAAUUAGAUAUGAAAAUCCAUUAAAAGUAAUGCUUGGUGAAAAAAGCAGUGUUCAAGAAAUAAGAACUUGAAGCUGAAAAGAGCAACAUAAUACCAAAAAAAUAUAAACAAUCAAAACAGCAGUU